AUGACAGUUGAUUUCAAUAUUAAGUCUGUAGCUAUUAUAGGAGGUGGUCCUGGUGGAUUGGCAGCUUUGAACGAAUUUUUACACACUACCAAAGAAGGUGUGUCAACAUUCAAAGAAAAUAAGCAAGCUGCUGAAAGAGCAUUCCCUGAAAUAGUACUCUUUGAACAGAAUUCAAAGCCAGGAGGUGUCUGGUCAUCCUUCGAUAAAAAUUACAAUGAGUUUGAUUUUCCAACACAAAAUAUUCUAGAUACCGAGAAAUAUAAUAAACCUGGAAUUGUCGCUCCAGAUUUCAAAGAAGAUAUCCCAAUUGGAUUGAAGCUGGAGAACAAUAUUUCUAACUCUUUAGUUGAAAAGAUCACAAAAGAGGAAAAGGCAAGGUAUGUCAGCUGGAUCUCAAAAAGUGGAGUGUAUGACGAUUUAUUUACCAAUAUACCUGCGAAGUUCACUCGCUUUUCGUAUCUUCCUGAUGAGGAAAAGUACCAUGAUAAAAAAAGGAUCAUUUAUCCUUUCUUGAAUCGGAAAGAGCUUUCAAAAAGGAUAGAAGAUUUGAUCGAAAGAGAAGACCUUGCUAAGUAUAUCAGAACCUUCACGACUGUGGUAAAUUUAGAAAAACGGGAUGGUAAAUGGGAAUUGACAUUGAGAAAACUCGAUAUUCAGAAGAGCCAAGUAGAAUGGUAUAAAGAAACUUUUGAUGCUGUGGUGAUUGCAAAUGGGCAUUACAGUAUUCCAAACAUUCCUCAUAUUCGUGGUUUGGCGGAGUACAAUGAAAAGAAUCCAGGAGAAUUACUUCAUGUGAAAUCUUACAGCAAUGACAAGAUUUUUGAGGGUAAGAAAGUAUUAUUUGUGGGAGGAAGUAUCAGUAGUCUCAACAUAUUACAAUAUGCGGUCCCCAGAGCUAAGCAAGUAUACAUUUCGAAGCGUAGUCCUCACGUUGUGUUUCCUUGGAUAGACAAGGCGUCAGAAUCUGAGGGAAUUAUUCCAAAGCCAACAAUACAAGAGUUUCUUCCUGACGAAAAAGCCGUUGUGUUCAGCGAUGGAUCUAAGGAAUCUGGCUUUGAUCUCAUAGUUUUGGCUACCGGAUAUCACUACCAUUUUCCAUUCUUGGAAAAUGACAAGUAUUUGACAGUAUCUAAUCCUUCUAAUUUGAGUCGAGUUUCUGGCCUUUAUUUAGAUGAUUUUUCAAUCGAAGAUCCAACUCUAGCUGCAAUAGGUAUCACAAUCACCCACUUAAAUUUCCACUCAAUAGAAGCAAGUGCAGCAGCUAUAGCUGGAGUUUGGUCUAAUGCCAAGAAGUUACCGUCGAAACAUGAACAGUUACUUUGGGUUGAUGAAAGAUUAAAAAAAACAGGUGAUAACUUAUUCUUUCACAUGUAUGAGCCUAGAGGCUUAAAGCCCAACAUAGUUGAUAAGUUGAUUGAAUAUGCCCCCAGAGAUAGAGAGAACCCUCUCGAGCAGGACAUAAAAAGUAUAGAGGAGCUUGAAGAAAGUUUCGAUAUUUUAGAAUCUCUUUUCUACAAGCUAAAAGAAGGAAAAUUGACAGUAAAAGAAACAACUAGCAUUUAUUAG